UUACUUGGUACGUGAGCUGAGCUGAGGCUUUCUGGGAAGCGUAGUCUGGUUGGACGACAUUCCUUUGAGAAAUAAGCAUGUGUGCUCACCAGCAGGAACUUUCUCUCCCACUCUGCUUGGAUAUACAUGAAUGAAGUCAGCUGUGUAAGAUGUCCCUGAUGGCCAUGUCUGCUCCCCGGGCGUCUGUGUUUACCUUUGAGUCGACGGUGCAUUCCUCCCAUGUGCUGCGCUGCCUGGACGACCAGCGGCGGCGGGACGUGAUGUGCGAUGUGACCGUGGUGGCCGAGGGUCAGAGCUUCAGGGCCCACCGCUCGGUGCUGGCCUCCUGCAGCGAGUACUUCACCCACAGGAUCUCCUCCCUCACUCAGCAGGGAGCCGUGCUCACUCUGCCACAGGAGGUGACAGCUGCUGGUUUUGAGCCUUUGCUGAAGUUUGCCUACACGUCCAAACUCCUCUUCGGCAAAGACAAUGUCUUAGAAGUACGCAGCUCGGCCUCUGUCCUCGGUUUCAGAGACCUGGACGAGGCGUGCUUUGAAUUCCUCCUCCCUAAGUUCUUCUCCAGCACCAAGGGCUCUGCCCCGUGUCCCAGAAAGACCUGUUGCAAGAAGAAAUACAAGAGGCAGUUGUCAAAGACACAAGACAGCUUCACAGACUAUGACGCCGUGUUGUUGGAGGAGAAAGAAGUCAAACCAGUUGAUGACUCACCCUCUCAGCAGGAAGUGGCUCGGCCCUGCGAGAAAUCAGAGGGCAGCAAACUGGGAAGUCAGAAGAGUGCGGCCACCACCGCUGCUGCGGCUGAGGGGGCGAGUGACGUCUUCCUGCGAUGUCCGAAGUAUCGCAAGUUCCAGCAAGCGUGUAGGAAGGAUGCUCGUGCUGCAGAGAAGAGUCUAACCCCGGCCGUCCGGGAUGAGUGCGGCCGGUCCUGCUCACCUUGUUCCAGCGGCGCGAACAGCAAGAAUGAAACUAAACAAACACAUCCGGCCAGACUCAGGGACAACGGAGCGGAUCAGCGACGGACAACUGAAAUACAUGAAAAGACAACAGAUGUGGGCAGUGGGGGGGCUGAGAAAGACACAAAUGAAAGAGAGAGGACAUCGGAUGAUAUGAUGAAGAUGGAGGAAGAGUUGGAGCAAGCCGCUGGGGUCAGCUCUCGGGUUAGAUCUGGUGUGGAAGCAGUCUCCGUGGCCGAGAGGUCACCAGGGUUAAUAUUGCACCACUGCCCGCUGAGGGCCUCAGCUGAAGCCCCCUGUGACCCCGUGAUGAGGAGGUCACAGGGGUCGGAGAGGGUCGUCAUGGACCUGAGAGACGACAACAAAACAAGGGAGUCUGGUGGAGAAGAGCCAGUGUCCAUCCUUCAAAGGGCAGAGGAGCAGGCAGACGCUGAGAGGGAAAGAGGAAUCAUGGACAGAGCGACCCUAUCAGUGAACCAUGCCAGAGAGGGGAGCCCCCCGGGGUCGGAUGAGGGCUCGUCGGACCCUGACGCCGGAGGAUCCUCCAACACAGGGAGCGGACCCCUGCAGGCCGCAUCUGAGGAUUGGCUGAAGCGUCACGUCGACCUCGGCUCCAUCAGCUCGGACUGCCCCUUCCUCCAGGAUCUGGACCAGGGCAAAUGUUUAUGGAAGGGAGCGGAGCUGUCGGAGUGCGCGUCCCAGUCGGGGGUCUCCUCCCUGAACUCGGGGGAGGACGGAGACUCGGAGACGGAGACGGAGGGAGACAGCGAGGCCUACACGAGAGAGAGAGCCAGACAGGUGCAGCUGCCCUUCUCUGUGGACUGGAUUGUGGAUCUGGGCAGAAAUGACUUCCAGCAGCUGCUGAAGCAAGAGGUCUUCACGGCGGAGCAGCUCGAGUUCGUCCACGACAUGAGACGCCGCUGCAAGAACCGGCUGGCGGCCCAGCGCUGCCGCAAGAGGAAGCUAGACUGCAUCUACAAUCUGCAGUGUGAAAUCCACAAGCUGAAGACGGAGAGGGAGAAACUGAUGGUGCAGAAGAGCCAGCUGAGCCAGAUGAAGGUGGCCACACGUCACAGCGUGUCUGCCUUGUGUCACCGGGUCUGCAGCGAAGCCAACCUGCAGCCGGAGCAGCUCCAGGUGCUGGCCAAGUACAUGUCCCCAGACUGCCCCCUGACCUCCCUCUUCCCCCACAUAGACGCUCUCCUCUCACAGUCCGGGUUGCCUCUGCCCCCCCCGGCCUCUGAGGAGGACUGGUGUAGCUCCGGCAGAGACACGGUCACAGGAGACGGGACAAACGUCCAGCACAGACACUGAAAGUCCACAUUAAACUCACAGGUUCAUGGAGCUGGAGCUGUUAGAUCAAACCAAAGGUGUCGAACAGUAUCUGAGGACAUUCCCGUGGACUGUGGACUGACAAGUGGCUGCAGGAUAAAACAAUCGCAUACGGGAUGAUAAUAUGAUAAGACGUGAGAUAAGUGCAUUUAUAACGACAAGGCCUGCACACAGCUAACGCUACCAUUCUGUUUCAAACCUAUAUCGAGAGGUUAGGAAUUCAUUCCUGGUGUCCAAAACCAUUCACGUUACUUUUUCCCCGACUCUUUAUUCAGGGGUGUUGUCAACCCAAACUGUGCACUUGCUCUCGGAUAUUUUAUAACUGAUUUUCUGUCUCCGUGAAACGUCUGUUCUCUGAUUUCUCCUUUUCUUCUGUGUGAUUAAUGUUUUUAUCUCUGAAACAAUAUCAGCUUUAUAAAUAUAAAUCAAGUGGGAACAGUGCGUGUUUAUGAUUCAAUGCUUGAUUACCUCAGGAAGACAAAAUCAAUGUGUGAAUGUGUGUGUGUGUGUGU